AUGACAUCGAUCUCCAAUCCUCGCAUAAUCGACCUGACACAUCCCCUCUCUCCCUCGACGACUCCGCGAACCAUCUACCCCGGCGAUCCCGAUUUCCAGCUCACACCCCACGCGACGAUCUCCAAGGAUGGGUACUCGGUGCACAACCUGAGCAUGGGAACACAAUCUGGGACACAUAUAGAUGCACCCUGUCAUUUUGUGGAAGGCGGCAGAUCGAUAGACCAGAUAGGGCUGGAUGAGUUGGUGGGGAGAGCCUGCAUCGUUGAUUUCACUCGUGGAGAUUAUGGCCGGCCUGGGAGGAGGCAGAAACUUGACUGGGGGGACCUUGAAAAUGUAUGGAAGGGUACUUCCUCUUCCACUACAUUGGAGGGGCAUCUGCGGUCAAGCGACUACAAGAUCUUCAUCGUAAACACGGGAUGGUCAGAACAAGCACUUGCCAACAGCCCCUUUGACCAAUCUACGUUCUUCGCUCAUCCGUACUUCUCGUCCUCUGUUGCAACCAGGCUGCUUGACAUCGGGAUCAAGGUGUUUGGAACGGACGUGCCAAACCCCGACGAGACGCCCUUCCAAAAGGCUGGUACCGAAGGCCAGGAUGCAUCAGAGGGAAAGUCCGGCGAACUCGAGGGAGGGAGCAAUGGUUACGCGUUCCACGAAGUGUUUCUGGGAGGAGGAGGGCUGAUCGUAGAGAACAUGGCCAACUUGCGCGCGCUGGAGGAUCGCAAUGGAGGAGAAUGGGUUGUGAAUGUCAUCCCGCUCAAACUGGAAGGGACGGAUGGUUCACCGGUUAGAGCAUUUGCUUAUCGUCAAGCUGAGGUCGGAUAG